AUGCCGCAACCAUUGAGCUCCAAGGACCAGGCCUUGUUCCGCCAAGUGGUUCGGAACUUUGAGCAGAAGCAAUAUAAGAAAGGCAUCAAGACGGCAGACCAGGUUCUCCGGAAGAACCCAGUCCAUGGCGAUACCCAAGCGAUGAAGGCUCUGAUCAUGAGCCACCUGGGUCAGCUAGAGGAGGCGUUUGUGCUGGCCAAGGAAGCUCUGCGCAACGACAUGAAGUCACACAUUUGCUGGCAUGUUUACGGUCUUCUCUACCGGCAAGAAAAGAACUACGAGGAGGCCAUCAAGGCAUACCGCUUUGCUCUGCGACUGGAGCCGGAAUCUCAGCCUAUCCAGCGCGACCUGGCGCUCCUUCAAAUGCAGAUGCGUGAUUUCCAGGGAUAUAUUCAAAGCCGCAGCGCAAUGCUUCAAGCACGCCCCGGCUUCCGUCAGAACUGGACCGCGCUGGCCAUUGCCCAUCACUUGUCGGGCGACUUGGAGGAAGCUGAAAAGGUGCUCACGACGUAUGAGGAUACGCUCAAGAUCGCACCACCCGUUUCAGACAUGGAGCACUCUGAGGCUUGCCUAUACAAGAACACCAUCAUCGCCGAGUCAGGGAAUGUGGAAAGGGCACUGGAGCACUUGGAGAAAGUCGGAUACAGGUGCACCGACGUUCUCGCCGUCAUGGAGAUGAAGGCGGAUUAUCUGCUCCGCUUAGGCCGCAAGUCUGAGGCGGCAGAUGCCUACACUGCCCUCUUGGACCGCAAUCCUGAAAACUCAAUCUAUUACAAUGGCUUGAUCCAAGCCAAGGGAAUCGCUGUGGAUGAUCACAAGGCACUCAAGUCUCUCUACGACGAGUGGGUCGAGAAGAAUCCGCGUGGUGAUGCCGCACGCCGCAUUCCUUUAGACUUCCUCGAGGGCGAAGACUUCAAGGCGGCCGCAGAUGUGUACCUGCAGCGCAUGCUCAAAAAGGGUGUUCCAUCACUGUUCGCAAAUAUCAAGCUUCUUUACAGCAACCCUGCGAAGCGCGACGUAGUUCAAGAGCUGGUCGAAGGGUAUGUGUCGUCAUCGCAACAAAAUGGCUCAACUGAGAAGAAGGAGGAGUUCUUGGUCUCCUCGUACUACUUCCUCGCCCAGCAUUACAACUACCAUCUCAGCCGUGAUCUCUCCAAAGCCAUGGAGAAUGUUGAGAAGGCGAUUGAACUUGCACCUAAGGCAGUCGAAUAUCAGAUGACUAAAGCUCGAAUCUGGAAGCAUUACGGCAAUACCGUAAAGGCAGCGGAGGAGAUGGAGAAGGCCCGCCUUCUGGACGAAAAGGAUCGAUAUAUCAACUCCAAAGCCGCAAAAUACCAGUUGCGGAACAACGAAAAUGACAAGGCUCUGGAUAACAUGAGCAAGUUCACCCGCAACGAGACCGUUGGUGGUGCGUUGGGCGAUCUUCACGAGAUGCAGUGCACUUGGUACCUGACUGAGGAUGGCGAAGCCUAUUUGCGGCAGAAGAAGCUCGGCCUGGCGCUGAAGCGCUUCCACGCCGUCUACAACAUCUUUGAAACAUGGCAGGAGGAUCAAUUCGAUUUCCACAGCUUCUCGCUGCGCAAGGGAAUGAUUCGAGCCUACGUUGAUAUGGUCCGGUGGGAAGACCGUUUGCGCGAGCACCCAUUCUAUACCCGGAUGGCCAUCUCUGCGGUGAAGGCUUAUCUGCUUCUUCACGAUGAGCCCGACUUGGCACACGGCCCCGAGGGUCUCGGCGCCGAUGUCGAUACCAUGGAUGAGAACGAGCGUAAGAAGGCUCUGAAGAAGGCCAAGAAGGAGCAACAGCGCCUCGAGAAGAUUGAGGCAGACAAGCGCGAGGCUCGCAAGGCCGCCGCUGCAAACGCUAAAAGCGCCGAUGGAGAGGUGAAGAAGGAGGACACUGAUCCUCUCGGAAAUACCCUGGUGCAGACAAAGGAUCCCCUGAACGACGCGAUGAAGUUCCUGACGCCGCUUCUGUCCCUGAGCCCUCAGAGCAUCGAGGUGCAAUGCCUCGGAUCUGAGGUCUAUCUCAAGCGAGGCAAGCACCUGCUGGCUCUCAAAUGUCUCUCGGCCGCGUACGCUCUGGAUCCCUCCUACCCCCGCCUUCACCUCCAGCUCCUCCGCUUCCGCAAGGCCCUGGAUGGUCUUUCGGAGCCCCUCCCAGCUCCCAUUGCCGAGGCGAUUGAUGCAGGUCUUGAGAAGAUGCUUCCCAAAGCUCAAAGCCUCGAAGAAUGGAACACUUCCUACCUAGCAAGCAAGAAGGACAGUGCACCCCACGUGCUGGCUGCCCUCUCUGCUCGCCAACUCCUCAAGCCGGACAGCAAGGAGCAGUGCGAGAAGGAUGCUGUGGCUUUACUUGACUCGCCCAGCAUCACCAUCGACGACGCAGUCGCUGCGCUGGAGGCACUGAAGAAGUGGGGCAGCAACCUGUCCGCUUUCCGCCAAAAAGCAAGCGAGAAGUGGCCACAAGCCUCUUUCUUUACUGCCGAAUAG